AUGUUACUGAUAUUAUUGCUUCUAGGCAAAGCUGUAGCUACAGAUAAUGCUAAAUAUUUUUCUUCUUCAAGUUCUAAUGAUGAACAAGGAAAUAAUGAACAAAAAAAUCAAAGAUUUGAUGAAAUACCACUGAACAAAGAAUCUAUUGAUAACAUAAAUCAAAAUGAAGAUGACGGACAAGUUUCAAUGGAUGAUAUAUUGAAAUUGCAAAGAGAAAAACAACUUCAAAAUAAACAACACGAAAUUGCAAAAAAUGAACAAAAAGAAACACAUGACACAAAUACAAAUCAUCAAAAUACACAAAAUGAAGCAAAGGAACAACAUCAAAAAGAAAAAUCAGAUGGAGAUUUUGAUCCUGCUGAAUUUAACAUACCAAUUAUCGAUCCAGAUGAAGAAGAUUACGAUGAAGAACUUACUCACGAGAAAAUUAAAAAGCUUCGAAAACAAAAAGCGAAAUUAGGAGUUCAAAUCCUUCCAUUCGGCGAAUCAUUCCAUCACGAAACAAAGAAAAACGAAACAGUUAAGGAAGUAUACGACGAAGAAGCUGAAUAUUUAGAUACAAUUCAAUUUUACCCUCCAGACUCCGAAAUGUACGAUGAACAGAAGUUUAAUACUUGCGAAGGACCAAAUACAAUUCGAAUUCCAGACGGAUCUUGCAAAUGUUCACCUGGAUUCGAAUUCGGAGAUCCCGCAGCAGAAAAUGGCUGCUGGUCAUGCGAAAGCAAAUGCCAUAGAGAUGCUACAUGCCAUUACAGUGGGAAAUGUCUCUGUAAAAACGGUUUUAUCGGUGAUGGAAUUCAUUCUUGCAAAAAAGUUGUUCCAAGCAUCAAAGAAAUCGUUCCUACGAAGGGAAGACAUAUAGGCGGAGAGCAAAUCCGCGUCUUUUAUAAAGCAGAUUCUUCAACAGAAACAAUUUCUUCAAUUUAUUGCAAAUUCGGACAAGAUAUCAUUGAAGGACAAGUUGAAACCAAUGACUCAGCACUUUGCAUAACUCCAAGAGGCGAAGGCGAUUCAAAUACAGAUUUUCAGAUAUCAUUUUCAGGAAAUGAUUGGAGUAAUACUGUUAAAUUCAAUUUCUACAAUGAGACUACUAAGAUACGUCGGAAAGUUAUAUACGGAUCUAUAGUUUUCAUAAUUGUAGUUAUUUUGUCUUUGCUAAAGCGAAGAGUUACAAAUAACGCAUCAGGAGAACAAAGACCAUUCUUAUAUGUCAAAGAAUAA